CCGCCACCCGGGGCGGUCCGGAGGCGGGGCAGGUGGGGGCGGGCCCAGGUAGCAGGUUCGGCUGCGCUGGGGCUCGCGCGUCGGAGGCACUUGGAUCUGCUGACUUUUCACAGCAUGGACACCAAAUGGCUAAAAACGGGCUUUGGGACUGCCAGUGAAUUUGACUUUUGCAGUUUUACUCCAGACUUAGAAGUUCCCUUUUCUUUUGAGUUAAGAUUUUAGAGUUACUCUCACAAUGAGUUCAGGCUUAUGGAGCCAAGAGAAAGUUACUUCACCCUACUGGGAGGAGCGGAUUUUUUAUAUGCUUCUUCAAGAAUGCAGUGUGGCAGACAAACAGACCCCGAAGAUCCUUAAAGUCCCGAAAGGGAGCAUCGGACAGUAUCAGGAUCGCUCCUUGGGACACUCGAGGAUUCCUUCUGCAAAAGGCAAGAAAAAUCAGAUUGGAAUAAAAAUCCUCGAGCAGCCACAUGCAGUUGUUUUUGUGGAUGAAAAAGAUGUUGUUGAAAUAAAUGAGAAAUACGCAGAGUUGCUUUUGGCAAUUACCAAUUGUGAAGAGAGGUUCAGCUUGUUUAAAAACAAAAAUAGACUCAGCAAAGGUCUCCAAAUAGGUGUGGGCAGCCCCGUGAAAGUACAGCUGAGAUCUGGGGAAGAGAAGUUUCCUGGUGUGGUGCGCUUCCGAGGACCCCUGUUACCAGAGAGGACAGUGUCGGGGAUAUUCUUUGGAGUAGAAUUACUGGAAGAUGGUCGUGGCCAAGGCUUCACUGAUGGACUCUAUCAAGGGAAGCAGCUUUUUCAGUGUGAGGAAGAUUGUGGCGUAUUUGUUGCGUUGGACAAGCUUGAGCUCCUCGAAGACGAUGACAAUGGACUGGAGAGUGAUUACGCAGGUCCUGUGGACACAAUGCCUGUCGAGCUCCCUCCGCUGGAAAUUAACUCCAGAGUUUCCUUGAAGCUCGGAGAAACUGUGGAAUCGGGAACAGUCAUAUUCUGUGAUGUUUUGCCGGGGAAGGAAAGCUUAGGAUAUUUUGUUGGUGUGGACAUGGAUAAUCCUAUUGGUAACUGGGAUGGAAGAUUUGAUGGAGUCCAGCUUUGCAGUUUUGCAAGUGUUGAAAGUACAAUUCUUUUGCAUAUCAACGAUAUCCUCCCAGAUAAUGUGACACAGGAAAGGAGGCCUCCCAAACUUGCCUUUAUGUCAAGAGGUGUUGGGGACAAAGGUUCUUCCAGCCAUAGUAAACCAAAGGUUACAGGAUCUACCUCAGACCCUGGAAAUAGAAACAGAUCUGAAUUAUUUUAUACCUUAAAUGGGUCUUCUGUUGACUCACAACCACAACCCAAAUCAAAAAAUACAUGGUACACUGAUGAAGUUGCCGAACAUCCCGCAAAAUCACUUACAGAGUUGCCUCCAGAGUUUGGACAUGCUUCGCCACCUCCGCAGCCUCCCUCUUUGAACUCGUUGUCCAGUGAGAACAGAUUUCACUCUUUACCGUUCAGUUUGACCAAGAUGCCCAACUCCAACGGGAGUAUUGGCCACAGCCCGCUCUCACUGUCGGUGCAGUCCGUGAUGGGGGAGCUGAACAAUGCCCCUGUCCAGGAGAGCCCGCCCCUGGCCCUCUCUGCUGGCAACUCACACGGGCUGGAGGUGGGCUCCCUGGCUGAAGUUAAGGAGAACCCGCCCUUCUACGGGGUUAUCCGCUGGAUCGGUCAGCCUCCAGGACUCAGUGAAGUGCUCGCUGGACUGGAACUGGAAGACGAGUGUGCCGGCUGCACAGAUGGCACCUUCCGGGGCACUCGCUACUUCACCUGUGCCCUGAAGAAGGCGCUGUUCGUUAAACUGAAGAGCUGCCGGCCGGACUCGAGGUUUGCGUCCCUGCAGCCAGUCCCCAAUCAGAUCGAGCGCUGCAACUCCUUAGCAUUUGGAGGCUACUUAAGUGAAGUAGUAGAAGAAAAUACGCCACCAAAAAUGGAAAAAGAAGGUUUAGAGAUAAUGAUUGGAAAGAAGAAAGGUAUCCAGGGUCAUUACAAUUCUUGUUACUUAGACUCAACCUUAUUCUGCUUGUUUGCUUUUAGUUCUGUUUUGGACACUGUGUUACUUAGACCCAAAGAAAAGAAUGAUGUAGAAUAUUACAGUGAAACUCAAGAGUUACUGAGGACAGAAAUUGUUAAUCCUUUGAGAAUAUAUGGAUACGUGUGUGCCACAAAGAUCAUGAAACUGAGGAAAAUUCUUGAAAAAGUUGAGGCUGCCUCAGGGUUUACGUCUGAAGAAAAAGAUCCUGAAGAGUUCUUGAAUAUUCUGUUUCAUCAUAUUUUAAGGGUAGAGCCUUUAUUAAAAAUAAGAUCAGCGGGUCAAAAAGUACAAGAUUGUUACUUCUAUCAAAUAUUUAUGGAAAAAAAUGAAAAGGUUGGAGUGCCUACAAUUCAGCAGUUGUUAGAAUGGUCAUUUAUCAACAGUAACCUGAAAUUUGCAGAGGCACCAUCAUGUCUGAUCAUUCAGAUGCCUCGAUUUGGAAAAGACUUCAAACUUUUCAAAAAAAUUUUUCCUUCUCUGGAAUUAAAUAUAACGGAUUUACUUGAAGACACCCCCAGGCAGUGCCGGGUGUGUGGCGGGCUCGCCAUGUACGAGUGUCGAGAGUGCUACGAUGAUCCCGACAUCUCGGCUGGGAAGAUCAAGCAGUUCUGUAAAACCUGCAACAAUCAAGUGCACCUGCAUCCCAAGAGGCUGAACCACCAGUAUAACCCCGUGUCGCUGCCCAAGGACCUGCCCGACUGGGACUGGAGGCAUGGCUGCAUCCCCUGUCAGAAGAUGGAGCUUUUCGCCGUCCUCUGCAUAGAGACCAGCCACUACGUGGCGUUCGUGAAGUACGGGAAGGAUGACUCGGCCUGGCUCUUCUUCGACAGCAUGGCUGACCGAGAUGGUGGUCAGAACGGCUUCAACAUUCCCCAAGUGACGCCCUGCCCCGAGAUUGGAGAGUACUUGAAGAUGUCUCUGGAGGAACUGCAUUCCUUGGACUCCAGAAGGAUCCAAGGCUGUGCACGGAGACUCCUGUGUGACGCGUACAUGUGCAUGUACCAGAGCCCGACCAUGAGCCUGUACAAGUGACGGGGAGCGCGUCCGCAGCAGAGCCUGGCGCACGCACGGGUCUCCGGCGGAAACUCCACGCGGGCUGGCAGUGCUGUUCCACGUCCAUUGCCGGCAAUGGAUGUCUUUGUGGUGACGAUCCUGCGGAAAAAGGAUUCCUGUGUUUCAAUACAAAUCGCUUUUGUGUUACUGAAGUAUUUAAUAAGAAGCAUUUUGCACUCUAGAAAGUACGUUUUUGUGUUGGUUUUUUAAGAAGUCUAAAUGAAGUUAUUAAUACCUGAAGCUUUAAGUUAAGUGCAUCGAUCAUAAGAUAUUUUUGGAAGCAUACUGUUUUAAUUGUGACAGUUUAAAACCUCUUUUAGUCCAUUGAGAAUGUAAAUAAAUGUGUCUUCUUUAUG